GUUGCACUCAUUGCUGUAACACCCGUGUGAAAGCCACGCCAUGGUGCUCUCCGUGGGUCUUGUUCUGCUUCUUGCAGUAACUUAAGUACACAGGCGGCAGAGUGCAGGGACAGCCAGGAGUGUUCAGACUGCGACAAGAGAGGACAUUGUACAACAGAAUGUAACACUGGGUAUUACGACCUGUUCUGUAAAUCAAAAUGUAGCAAAGCCUGCAAGAAUAAUAGAUGUAAGGCGACAAGGAUAGGCAUUGGGGAAUGCACUGACGGUUGUAUCCAUGGUUACGAUGGAAUAAACUGCAAAAUUCAAUGUAAGAGUUACUAUGAAUUAACUGAGGCCUACUGCCUGGAUGCGUGCAGUCAACACUGUAAGUUUGUAUCCAGCACCAAUCACACGGCCAGAUGUCUGUCCUAUGGCGCCAGAGCCUCGGCGUUUUGUACAUCUGAGUGUCACAUGAAGAGUGGCGAGUGCCUCCAUGGCUGUGUAGACGGUUGGUAUGGUCUACGGUGCUCCUUUCCAUGCAGUGCAGGUUGUAGUGGUGGACGCUGUGAUGCUGUAGGUGACUGUGUGGAUGGAUGUAGAUCUGGCUAUUUCGGCAGAGACUGUGAGCCGUGUAAGACUGUAAGCCGCUGCAAGAACCAAACCUGUGGCCCACACAACGGUACCUGUGUGGAUGGAUGUAGACCUGGCUAUUUCGGCAGAGACUGUGAGCCGUGUGACCGCUGCAAGAACCAAACCUGUGGCCCACAAAACGGUACCUGUGUCGAAGGAUGUAUACCUGGGUAUUUUGGGGAGUUUUGUAAUAAUAGCUGUGAGGUUUGUCGUGAUGGGAUCUGUGAUCAGAAGACCGGCGCGUGCGUCAACGGAUGUGACGUCAGUGAAGGUGCCUGCGAACGUUCCUGUACCAGCAACUGUUCCAUGGACUAUUGUCUUGAUGUACAGACAUGCGAUACAGAAUCCAAGGUGAAUGGUAUCAGUAUCGGACUCCCAACAGGUUGUGUGGUGUUCCUUCUGGCUCUCCUGGUGUCCAACUACAUCUGCUACAGAAAGGUCAUGCUGCAAGAAGGCAGAUCACUGCAGCUGACCUGGAGCAGGCUCCUUCUGACGACUACCAGUUCUACUGUGAAAUAGAAGAAGCCAACAUGGGCGUCAGCCCACAGAUACAACCUGUCAGCCAUAGCCACCUUGAAGAAGAGCUGAAUCUCGACAUGCUGGUCAUAGCGGAUGUGUUCCCAGCAGCUCCGGCCAUUGUACACAGAGAUGGUGAUACGUCACCAGCGAGUCCAGCCUCAUCAACGUCCCAAUCAUACACCCACCUGAUCCCCUGA